AUACCUCUUCAGGAUGAUCCAUCUAGCAGAUGGCUCUGGACGGACAGAAGUUUUCUCUCAAUGUGUAACACACUGCAGUUUUCCACAAUGGUGGCAUCAAGCCUUUUACAAUUUUUUCACCUUCAGCUGCCUCUUCAUCGUCCCUCUCGUCAUAAUGCUGAUCUGUAACAUGAAAAUCAUCUUCACCCUGACACGCGUUCUUCAUCAGGAUCCCCACAAACUACAACUGAAUCAAUCCAAGAACAAUAUACCGAAAGCACGGCUGAGAACCCUAAAGAUGACGGUUGCAUUUGCCACUUCAUUUACUGUCUGCUGGACUCCCUACUAUGUCCUAGGAAUUUGGUAUUGGUUUGAUCCUGAAAUGUUAAACAGGGUGUCAGACCCAGUAAAUCACUUCUUCUUUCUCUUUGCUUUUUUAAACCCAUGCUUUGAUCCACUUAUAUAUGGAUAUUUUUCUCUGUAAUUGAUAGUCUAUAUGGGAAAUCAUGUAAAGAAGAGCAAGGGAAUGAAUUUCUCCAUUUGGGGAUGAUAAACACAAAGGCUGCAGCACAUUUGCAUACAAACAAAGCAGGAUUUAAGCUUACAUUAUCAUCUUUACUCUUUUAGAAACCACAUUGUCAAAGCCUC